CAAUUGACCCCCUCUCUCUCCGACUCUCGGCGUUGUGAGAAAGAUUUUGCAUUUUCCAACUUUAGGGUUUUCCAAUUGCCCUCAAAAUUUAUCAAAUUUACCUUCUUAUACUGUUCUUAGCUCAGCUUUAACUGUAUCCAUCUUUUUUGGGUCCUAAUUAGACCUCUUCAAGAAUUGCAUAGCUGCAGCAGUAUAUCUCAGAUACUGCAUUAGGAGUGCUAUCAGUUACCCAUUUGAAAAAUAUGGUUGAAGUGAAAGGAGUGAUGGUUUGGGUUUAGCAACAAGGUGAAAGCUAUUUAAAUGUGUCUAGAGUUAUGGGGGAUCAAGUAUUAGAAUCAGUAGAUGAGAUAUUAGGAUCAGGACCUGAUUCAAAUGGUCAAGUAUUGGAAUCAGUAUGCGAGAUAUUAGGAUCAGGACUUGAUUCAAAUGGUCAGCAGGUUACAGAUGUACCCAAUUCUAAUGGUGUGUUGAUUGACCAGCCUUUAGCAAUUGGGCAAGAGUUCCCGGAUGUUGAUACUUGUAGAAGGACUUUGAAAGAGAUAGCAAUAUCAUUGCAUUUUGAAAUUCGAAUAGUAAAAUCAGAUAGGAGUAGAUUCAUAGCUAAGUGCUCCAAAGAGGGUUGUCCGUGGCGUGUUCAUGUGGCAAAAUGUCCAGGAGUUCCUACAUUUACGAUAAGGACUCUUCAUGGUGAACAUACAUGUGAGGGGGUUCAGAGCCUUCACCAUCAGCAAGCGUCAGUGGGUUGGGUUGCAAGAUCAGUUGAAUCACGGGUGAGGGAUAAUCCUCAGUAUAAACCAAAGGAGAUUUUGCAGGAUAUUCGAAGUCAGCAUGGGGUUGCAGUGUCUUAUAUGCAAGCAUGGCGAGGAAAGGAGCGCAGCAUGGCUGCUCUUCAUGGAACUUUUGAAGAAGGUUAUCAGCUUCUUCCUGCAUAUUGUGAACAGAUAAGGAAGACUAAUCCAGGGAGCAUUGCAUCAAUUGCCACUGGACAGGAGAAUUGUUUCCAGCGACUGUUUAUCUCAUAUCGUGCAGCAAUUUAUGGAUUUUUAAACGCUUGCCGGCCACUUUUGGAACUUGAUAGAGUGCAUUUAAAAGGGAAGUACCUCGGUAUGUUAUUUUGUGCUGCAGCUGUUGAUGCUAAUGAUACGUUGUUUCCUUUGGCAAUAGCUGUUGUCGAUGUGGAAAGUGAUGAGAACUGGAUGUGGUUUAUGUCGGAGCUCCGCAAACUACUGGGUGUAAAUACGGACAGUAUGCCAAGACUUACUAUACUUUCUGAGAGAUCAGCUGGUAUGGUUGAGGCAGUUGAGACUCAUUUUCCAAAUGCAUUUCAUGGUUAUUGCCUGCGUUAUAUCAGUGAGAAUUUUCGAGAUACAUUUAAGAACUCGAAAUUAGUGAACAUUUUUUGGAAUGCAGUGUAUGCACUAACCACAGCUGAAUUUGAGAGCAAAGUCUCCGAGAUGGUAGAUAUCUCACAAGAUGUGCUACAAUGGUUUCACCAUUUCAAUCCGCCACAUUGGGCUGUUGCAUACUUUGAAGGAUUACGAUAUGGUCAUUUUUCCUUGGGAAUCACAGAAGUGUUGUAUAAUUGGGCACUGGAAUGUCAUGAACUUCCUGUUGUGCAGAUGAUGGAGCACAUCCGCCAACAAGUAACAUCAUGGUCUAAUGAUCGCCGAAACAUGGGCAUGAGGUGGACGUCAAUACUUGUGCCAUCUGCUGAAAAGAGGAUUUCAGAAGCAAUUGCUGAUGCUCGCUGCUAUAAAGUUCUACGAGCAAAUGAAAUUGAAUUUGAGAUUGUAUCAACUGAGAGGACAAAUAUUGUGGACAUACGAAGUCGUGUGUGCUCAUGUCGCCGUUGGCAGCUCUUCGGUAUGCCGUGUGCACAUGCUGCUGCUGCACUUAUCUCUUGUGGGCAGAAUGUCCAGUUAUUUGCUGAGCCUUGUUUCACGGUCCACAGUUAUCGUGAAACCUAUUCACAGAUGAUAUAUCCAAUUCCUGAUAGGAGCCUGUGGAAUGGGGCUGGUGAGGGUACGGAAGGUGGGGGAACAAAUGUUGAUAUUAUAAUUCGACCACCAAAAACCCGACGUCCUCCAGGCAGGCCCAAAAAGAAGGUUCUUCGCAUAGAGAGUUUCAAGCGUCCAAAGAGAGUCGUUCAAUGUGGUCGCUGCCAUAUGUUGGGACAUUCUCAGAAAAAAUGCUCUUUGCCUAGUUAAUCCUUGGUCAGAUGACUCCACACGUGAUUCACUUUUGUGCUAGUAGAAGGUGACGGGUAUCUGGUCGAAUAGUCAAGUUGUCUGCAUAACUGACUCAGACACCACUUUCAUAAUAAACAACCAAGUAAUCAUGUUCUGUAUUGGUUUGUUUUGGAGGGAAAUCUUGUCUAAGAAAUUUUGCCCGUGUAAGAGAACUAGUGCAUGUUUCUACUAUGGUAUAUUUGUCUAGUUAUUCUGUAAAAUAGCUGCUUUGUUA